AGAGACUUUCACUUUCAUUUCUCUCUCCUGCUGCAGCGAUGGCGUCUGCUGAUCUGAGACAGGAGCUGGACUGUUCCAUCUGCCUGAGCAUUUAUACAGAUCCUGUAACCCUGAGAUGUGGCCACAACUUCUGCCGGGUCUGUAUUGAUCGUGUGCUGGAUACACAGGAGGGGGCUGGAGCUUAUACCUGUCCUGACUGCAGAGCAGAGUGUCAGGAGCGUCCUGCACUGAUACGGAACAUUCCUCUGUGUAACAUACUGGGGAGGUUCCUGUCUACUCAGCCAGAUCAGGAGGAGACUGGGAUCUUCUGCACUUACUGCAUUCACUCUCCUGUACCUGCUGCUAAAUCCUGUCUGCUGUGUGAGGCUUCUCUGUGUGAUAAUCACCUGAGAGUACACAGCAAGUCAGCAGAACACGUCUUAUGUGAUCCCACCACUGCCCUGGGGAACAGGAAAUGCUCCGUCCAUAAGAAGAUCCUGGAGUAUUACUGCACUGAGGACUCUGCCUGUAUCUGUGUGUCCUGUAGUUUGGCUGGAGAACACCGGGGACACUUGGUGGAGAUGCUGGAUGAGGCCUCUGAGAAGAAGAAGGGGAAGCUGAGACAUGUUCUGCAGAAACUGACCACAAAGAGAUCAGAGACUGAGAAAAGAGUCCAGAGACUGCAGGAGCGCAGGAGAGAAGAACAGGGAAAAGCAGCGGGUGUAACAGAGACAGUCACUGCCCUGUUUAGAGACAUCAGGAGACAGCUGGAAGACCUGGAGAAGAGAGUCCUGAGUGAGAUCUCCAGGCAGGAACAGCGCGUUUCACUCUCAGUCUCUGAUCUGAUCCAGCAGCUGGAAAUAAAGAAGGACGAGCUGUCCGGGAAGAUGCGUCACAUUGAGGAGCUGUGUAACAUGUCUGAUCCAGUGACUGUCUUACAGGAACCAGACACAGGGGACUUGUGUGAUACUGAGGACACAGAGAGACAUGAUACCCAGGUCCGUGGUGCAGGAGAUCUGGAUGUGGGUCUCAUCUCAGGGACAUUACACACAUUAUCUGAUAUAAUAACAGGUAUAAAUACAGGGAUAUAUGUACAGGAAGCUACAGACAUAUUACUGGAUGUGACCACAGCUGGUUAUUAUAUACAGAUAUCAGGUGACCAGAAAACUGCCUACUGGUCAGCAAACCAGAAUCACCCAGUAACACCAGAGAGAUUUCAGUGUGAUCAGGUAAUAAGCACCAGGAGAUUCUCCUCAGGGCGACAUUACUGGGAGGUGGAUGUCAGUAAGUCAGAGUGGUGGACGGUGGGGAUGUGUUACCCCAGUAUAGACAGGAGAGGAGAUCAGUCACUCAUUGGAUAUAAUAACAAGUCCUGGUGUCUGUGUAGAGAUAAUAAUCAGUACUCAGUGAUACAUGACAGGACAGAGAUCCAGUUACCUGACAGUAUCCCCUGUGACAGAGUGAGGGUAUAUCUGGAUUAUGAGGCAGGACAGAUGUCCUUUUAUUCUCUGUGUGACCCCAUCAGACACUUACACACCUACACUGCCGCCCUCACUGAGCCCCUCCAUGCUGCAUUAUAUAUAUGGAGUGGGUGUGUAACUAUAUUUGGUGGAGUCAGGAGCUGGGAGAAAUUACCAUAAGAAAUCUGUCCCAGAGACUGGUGACAUCACAGGGAGGGUAUUCUGAUUGGUGGAACAUUAUCCUAUGGAAUGAAGCAGUGGGUGGGGCUACAGCUGAGCUCCUCCUGCUUUGUACUAGGUGUUGUGUUACCAGGUGCCCAGUUCAUUCCCCAUCACUUGGCCUCUUGCUGUGUUACAUGUGUGUCUGGCAGGGUCACAUCAGCACACCCUCCAGCUGCACCUUUUUGGCAGGUACAGUACUUUUUUUUUUAUGGUCUGUACCGAUUUUUGGCUCUCCAAACUUCUUUUCAAAGUAUAGGAAAAGGGGCGUGACCAUGCCCACUUUAUCUGUGGCCACACCCCCUUUUCGAGUUUGUACCGAUUUUUGUGUGUAAAAUAUUGCAGAGUAUGCAUCAGUUAUCUGUAAUCAGCUGUAAUAACUGUCAGCCAGUGCGUGACUGGCCUGUUAUAUGGCAUUGUACUUAUUUUAGCUCUCAGACUCACAUUGUAUACUAAUAUACGUAACUCUUAGGGCGGAAUUAAAAUGAAAUAUCACUCCCAAUCUCUAAAGUGAUCCCCGUUAUCGCGCAUAUUGCACCCAUAGUGAUCAGGUUUAGCUGCGUAAAGGGUUGGGCACCCUCACUACUCCAGAGGUAGCGAGCUGAAAUGAUUAUACCACACCCAUCAGCAGAAACAGAGCAGGUGUGGAAGGGGGUGAAAAGAAUUGAAUACCACCCCUAGUGUGUCUUUAUAACAACAGUGUAAAUGCUGAUUAUACCAGUAAGUAGAUAUGAUGUACACUGCUGUGUAAAUUUGCUGAAAUUAAUAAAUAAAUAUACUGUGGUUGUACGCACA